GUAUAAGAUACUUUCUAUUGGCUUGCUGGUGUGUAGGAAUCAUGGGCCUUUAUUUUGUUUCACAUUGCUUGAAUUACUAAGACAUCAGCAAAAAGUUAAAACUUAUAGAAAGUGCGGUAGGCUACAUAUAACCUACACCAACUAAGAGUAUUUAAUCUGGAUUAAAGUCCACUGAUGCCGGCCAUGGUUUUGAUAAUCAGAUUGGUGAGACAAGCUUUAGCUGAUGCUGAUGCUGGGAGCGCGUGUCACAUUGCGGUGGCAACAGAGAAAGUCCUCGAGGGGGGAGGUACGAUGUAAAGCAGUAGUCUCACGAUCUCUUCUAGUUUUCGCGUUUAUAACCGGCAGUGACUUCACGAACUACCGAGAGUAAUAGUAGAUUUGUUGGAGGAAUUUAUAUUUAUAUUUGGUAGAUUCGUUUUAUUGUGAUAAGUUUUGCCAGGAUUGAUGUGACAAGGACGCAGGUCUGUGCGAGAUUGCAGAACAUCUCUCCCGGUCAAACAACGUGGACAAACCGUUAUAUUUCAGAAUCAACAUAACAAAACGCAUUUAACUCACUGAAUUUCAUUUUCAAGUGAUUCAACUGGAAUAAUUUUCUCAAGUGUUUGAAAGGAUUUAAACUUGAAAUAUAAUUUAUAAGAAUAAGUGGUUCGAUGCUCUAGCAAUAACCGGGUAAGUUCAGGUGCCUUCGACUGAAAUGUAAAGAUAAAAAAUGGCAGAGAUUGGAGAAAAUGGGGCAACAGGACUAAAAGGAGGAGGUGGAGAAGAUGGAGUGGAAGGUCUGAAGCCAUCCCAUGACCCCCUGAGCCCGGCUCGCUGUCCAUCUUCUACUCCCCCAGGAGAGGCCCACGCUGGAGGGCUCAGAAGGGGCAUUGUGAUCCAGCUGACAGGCACAGAGGGUGAAUGGGACAGCUUGGAAGACAACGAGCUCAUCUUCCCCCUGGAACACGACUAUGAUGACCAGACUCCCUUUAGCUCCCUCUCAAAGGAAAGGCAGAGCUCCAUCGAGGAGAACCAACAUUACUUGCACUCCCCACCUUUCCACGUUCCCCUCUCCCCAUCCUCCCCCGGGGCUCUGGGGGACUGCUCCGUCUCAGCUCCUAGCUUCCUGACUCCGGGUCCAGCGAGCCCCACCCAUCGACCCCUAGUCAGCCUGGUCAAGUCCUUGUCCGCGGAGCUGGAGCUCCCUCAAAACCCGUCCCUCAGACCCAAGCCCUUCCUCAGCCUGGUCAAGUCCAUCUCUACGGAGAUCUCUCGCUCCGAGCCGGAGGUGUCCCAGUCCAAGUCCGACUCCCUCCUCAACCUCCACCUGCAAUGGAAGAACCUGACUCAGCCCAAAGGAAGGAGUAACGGGGACUCCCGUACCGCCCCGCCCUCACCCAUCGCUCUAUCCCCGUCCGAGAGCCCGAAGGCUGGCUUCUUCAAGAUCGAGCUGGAGGACACAAAGCGCAAGUUCUCUGAGGCAAUGCAGGAGCCCAUGUUCAGUAAGCCUAUCAGCAUGUUCAGUAAGAUCAUGGGAGACGAGAAGGAGAACGCGGCAGCUGGUAGCCCAAAGCACCAGAGGACUCCAGGGGCCCGGUCUGCCAGCUCCUCCGUGGGGAGGACGGACAGCACGGAGGGGGCUGUUACGGAGUCUCCUCUGCGGGGCACCAGGAGAGUGGACAGUGACGCCACCUCGCCGCUGUUUGACUGGCCGUGCGUCAGACUCCCCAAGAAGGGUCGGACCGCUAGAACGUGCUCUCUCCACGAUCACCCCGGUGACAGACUCCAUGACAAGCUAGAGGAACUGGAAAUCCGCAGCUACAAUGAAGUGCUGCAGGUCAUGGCCGUCGGAAGCCUUCAUCACAGGCGUCCCCUGAGAUCGCCUGGUCCUCCGAUCUCCACAGGACACCGCUGUUUGGUCGGUCAAUCCGUCUCUCCUCCACCUCUCCCGUGGACAGGGCUGUUCAGUGUGUGCGCAUUGUCCUACGCCUACUUCACCCUCCCCCUGAGCUCUUAUGUGUCAGGCCUGGCCCUGGGGAUGGCCUUUGGUUUCCUGCUGGGGCUGCUGCUGAUUAGGCUCGGUUUAACCAGACACGCUGCUCAGACACGGGUUCCUCACAGACACGUUCAGGCACUGACUGAGGCUGUCCAACAGGUUGACGUCUUCAGCACCCAAUCAAAUGUCCUUAAGGGCUGGAUGAAUGAGGUGUUGGAGUAUGACGCGGAGACAUAUCACCCUUCCCUGAGCCACUCCGUGCUCGUCACCCUGGAAGGGCCCAGCCUCCGUCUGGACUACCCCAGGAACAAUAUCAGCCGCAGGGCCACCUACGACGAAAAGCCCCUGGAGCCUGUGGUUCUCAGCUCACGUUGCUUCCAGCUGCAACACAGCAAGGUGUUCCUGCUGCCCUCUGCGCUAGCUCGUAAGAGGCUGUGGAACCUUAAGUACCCCAUCUGCAUCGAGCUGGCAGAGGGAGAGGGUGUAGUGGACAAGGACAGGGGCAUACAGGAGACCCCAGGAGAACAGCUGGGGGAAGACUCCCAAACACAAAACACCUCCACCCCCAAAACCACAGCCAACGUCCCUACAACCCUAUACCUCUUUGGACGGACAGGAAGAGAGAAGGAGGAGUGGUUUCAUCACUUCAUGUCCUCUUCCAUGGUUACUGAGAAGGAGAAGACGGAGAGGACUAGCAGAUGUGUUUCCAGAUCAGAUAUGAUGGCGGCUCAAGGAGUGAGCCCUUCGAGACAGUCCCAGGACAGCAGAGGACCCAGCAGGAUAGAGAGCGCUGAAGAGGACGUCCCCUCUUCCCCUUUCAGCCCCCCAAACCCACAGUACAGGAUGGGUUUCCCCCUGCUGGACCACUCCACCUACAUGGCUCGUUUCCUGGCUUCAGAGCAGCCCAGUCCCCUACCCAGCCCACCAUUCAGCACCGACAGCAGCCCCACGGACAAACAGAGGUGCACCUGUGAUUCACAAGAGUUAAAGGGGGAGGGCCAGACCGAGUGGGCCAAUGCCUUGAUUGGUCGAAUUUUCUGGGACUUCCUACAUGAGAAAUACUGGUCAGAUGUGGUCUCCAGAAAGAUCCAGAAAAAGCUGGGCAAAAUAAGACUGCCUUACUUCAUGAACGAGCUAACGUUGACUGAGCUGGACAUGGGCUCCUGUCUGCCACAAAUCACCAGCGCAUCCAGACCUGUGGUAAACAGCAGAGGGCUGUGGCUGGAGCUGGAGGUGGUGUAUACCGGGGCCCUGCAGAUGACCCUGGAGACUAAGAUCAACCUGUCUAAACUGGGCAAGGAGGGAGGCUUGGACACUGACUGCCUCAGCGACCCUGACAGCCUAGGGGAGGUCACGCUGAGACCAAGGUCUCGUUACAGGUCCAGGCCAAUCCUCAGUGUUCUGGCUGACAGUGAUGAAGAGUCCUCCAGCGCCGGUUCCUCUGACGAGGAGGAAGUCCUGCUCUCCGACCCUCAGGGCACUGUGACUCCACCUUGUUCUGAAGGGGUUGCUGCUAGUGGCGGGAGGACAGGCAAGCGGAUUUUGAGAUUUGUCGACAAAAUUGCUAAGUCUAAGUACUUCCAGAAGGCGACAGAAAAUGAGUACAUCAAAAAGAAGAUUGAGGAGAUGUCCAACACGCCCCUGCUGCUGGCCGUGGAGGUUCAGGAGCUUUCUGGAACACUGGCUGUCAACAUCCCUCCUCCACCUACUGAUAGAAUAUGGUAUAGUUUCUGUGUGCCUCCCAAGCUGGACCUUCGUGUCAGACCCAAGCUAGGGGAGCGGGAGGUUACCUUUUGUCAUGUGACUGAGUGGAUUGAGAAGAAGCUGCAGGAUGAGUUCCAGAAAGUGUUUGUGCUGCCCAACAUGGACGACAUCUACCUGCCUCUGAUGCAUUCUGGGAUGGACGGUUAUCCAAAGGCCCAGCAACAUCAGCGGUGUCCGGCCCAGUCAUCAUACUCUCGCCACCCCUCCAUGGAGUCCAUUGGAAGGACCUUCCAGGACAGUACUGCUGCCCAGGUGGACCAGUGUGGAGUUCUUACAGGCCAUAAGUAGCUGUGGACGUGCCAUCACAUAUAAUGGAAUAGUGUUAAUCACAGGACUUCAGAUGAUUUCAAGUGAUACCUUUGGUCAAUGUUUACAUGUCAGGAUCAGUAACAAGAUUUUAAUUUGCUUGCUGCCUCGAUUUUUUUUUUUUACAGUUGGAUGUUCUUUUAAGCAGACUGUCCGUGUAUAAUGAAUAAAUAAUUAAAUUAAACCAA